AUGCCUCCCAAAGAUCCUAUUGCUAAUGAUGAUACUCUUACUAUUGAUGAUACAAACGUUACGAUUUGUGCUUCUACAUAUUCAUUUGAUCACACUGAUGAAGCGUUCCCGAGAGGACCUAAUGAUCAAUCAGUGUUCACGGAGUAUGCUGACCAUGUGGCAUAUAGAUUAUGGCACAUAGAGGACUGUCUGGCGUUGAAGGAUUUGAGAGUCAUUAAGGAGUCCAUGCUAGAGGAGUUUAAAUUCAACAGGGGAACUCACAUUUGGAUUACUUGGCUUCGGGAUUUGUACCACAACCUUGUGGAGGCACAUAAGUAUGAGACUGCCGCUAGGACGUACAUGCUACAUCUAGUAGCAUGUAUUCUCUUUGUGGAUAAGUCUCGUGUUUAUAAUGAUGCUCAGUACUUGUGGUUGUUCAGUAGCGUUGAGCAUACUAGUUGGGCUUGGGGGUGCACUCCAUUGACCAUCCAAUAUACAACAUUUGGAGUUGCGAAUGUCUUUGAAACCCGACAACUUGCUGGUUAUUUGUGUAUAUUCCAGUGUUGGAUAUAUGAGUAUUUCUCCAUCAUCUGUGAUAGAAGGGUGCAUCAUACCGCUGCUGGAGCCCCACGGGUGAGGAGAUGGAAGGCCAGGAAAUCUCAUCCAAGUAGUUUUGUAGAGUACACGAGGAGGCUUGAUGCUCUGAGAUUAGUGGAUGUCAUAUGGACACCAUACAGAGAUCACAGGAUCCACCAUGAAUUUGACGAGUCUUAUUUAUAUUCAAGUAAUAUGAGGUGGGAGACCUUAGUGGCUAGACACUUGCCUGAGAGGUGUCUACAACACUAUAAGUAUGUCCAGGACAUCCCACUACUAGUUUCGAAUGUUCCAGCUAGGGGCAUUGACAAGUGA